GACCAUAGUCCAGCUGUAAAUCUUCAGUUAAACAUAGUCUUCAGAGGCCCCUUUUAGAGAGAGAGAGAGUGAUUGAAGAGUGAGGAGAAGAGCAGAUGCCCUCUUUAGUUCCAACUCCCAUCCACAAUUCCUAUUAGUUUCUUGUCUGCAUUUGAAGAUUUCGAGAGAAACAAAAAAAGGCUUUGGAUCAGAUUUGAAGACUGUAGCUCAAAAGGGGUUGGUUGAUCUGAGCUCUUUUAUGUGAAAGUUUUGCUGAGAAAUGGACCAAACAAUUGAGAGGUCUCCAAAUGCGCACAGGGGGUUUAGAGUUCAAGCUCCACUGGUUGAUUCAGUAUCAUGUUAUUGCAAGGUUGAUUCAGGCUUGAAAACAGUUGCUGGUGCGAGAAAAUUUGUACCUGGUUCAAAACUCUGUAUUCAGCCAGAUAUCAAUCCUCGUGCACACAAGAGCAAAAGCUCUCGCAGGGAGAGGUCAAGAGUGCAACCGCCUCUUCUUCCUGGCCUUCCAGAUGAUCUUGCGAUUGCUUGUUUGAUACGUGUUCCUCGUGUUGAACAUAACAAGCUCCGUCUAGUAUGCAAAAGGUGGUAUCGGCUUCUAGCUGGGAACUUCUUUUAUUCUCUGAGGAAAAGUCUUGGUAUGGCAGAAGAGUGGGUAUAUGUCACAAAAAGAGAUCGCGAUGGGCGGAUUUCAUGGCAUGCAUUUGAUCCAACCUACCAGAUGUGGCAACCUCUUCCUCCUGUUCCCGGUGAGUAUAGUGAUGCCCUCGGAUUUGGCUGCGCUGUCCUUAGCGGUUGCCAUCUGUAUUUGUUUGGAGGAAAAGACCCAAUUAAGGGGUCCAUGAGACGGGUCAUCUUUUAUAGUGCUAGAACAAAUAAAUGGCACAGGGCACCAGACAUGCUGCGUAAACGACACUUUUUCGGGUCUUGUGUGAUUAAUAAUUGUCUUUAUGUCGCUGGUGGCGAAUGCGAAGGAAUACAAAGAACUCUUCGUUCUGCAGAGGUCUAUGACCCCAAUAGGAACCGGUGGAGCUUCAUUGCUGAUAUGAGCACAGCCAUGGUGCCCUUCAUUGGUGUUAUUUAUGACGGGAAGUGGUUUCUGAAAGGCUUGGGAUCCCACCGAGAGGUCUUAAGUGAAGCUUAUAACUCGGAGACAAAUACAUGGUCUCCAGUCAAUGAUGGGAUGGUUGCUGGUUGGCGCAACCCGAGUAUCUCUAUGAAUGGUAGACUGUAUGCCUUGGAUUGCCGUGAUGGUUGUAAGCUUAGAGUGUACGAUGAGUCCACGAAUUCUUGGAACAGAUUUAUUGAUAGCAAGCUUCAUCUCGGGAACUCUCGGGCAUUAGAAGCUGCUGCCCUUGUUCCCCUUAACGGCAAACUGUGUAUAAUUCGGAACAACAUGAGCAUAAGUUUGGUUGACAUUUCGAGCCCCAAUAAGCAAGUGGAAGAUAACCCUCACCUUUGGGAGAAUAUUGCUGGAAAAGGCCACUUCAGAAACCUAUUCACCAAUUUGUGGUCGAGCAUUGCAGGACGAAGUGGAUUGAAGAGUCACAUCGUGCACUGUCAGGUGCUCCAAGCAUGAGACUGUCUAUCUCGUAAUCAUCUUUUGCUUUUCCCUCACUCUAGGCCAAAUACUACUCUCCGUUAAAAUGCCGUUUAGCCCAUCAAUAUUGGUCUUUACCGUUCUUCCAAACCAAAUACUCAAACCAUUCUUUUUCCCCUAAAUCCCGUUCUACCUGUCAACAUUCCGCAGCAGAAGCAGACUUAAAGGGCUUAUAAGAUGGCUACAAUUGGCAACUAGGAUAUUGCCUCGUGUAGGGUCAGAAUUCGAGGCGGUGUUUCUUCCUUUAGAGGUUCGUUCUGCAUGCUGAUCACAGUGGUAAGUUCGUAAUCUGAUGAUUUUGGCAUGCUGAAAUAUUGCACAUUCAUGAAGCGAAAACAGAUAACAUAACUUUUCAAUUUUGUCAGAUUCAUGAAUAGGAAGAUCGAGAUCGAAUAGCUUUGCAUUUGUAUAUCCUCUUCGAUCCAUAGUUUUGUAGCAGUAGCAUGUAAUCUCUCUUGGGUCCUUUUGUGAAUAUCUGUCUCUCUUUAGUCAUAAAGUUCCAUUUUUAGUUGAAUUCUCAGCUUUGUAUGAGUACUUAUGAACCCCUUUUUCUUGCUUCAGCAGUUGUUUUGUGUAUAAAAUGUGAUUGAUCUAUAAUUUUGCAGUGAA